ACACUUUUAAUUUUCUCUUACUUCAAACCAAACAAGUUACAGUCAAAUCCACUUAAUUGCAUAGCCCUGGUGUGUGUCAAACACUUGUUAUAAGCACUACAAUGAGUCUUGUGAGAUAUGUCAACAUUGUACAUCGCCUGUUUUAGUAACCGCUUUUACUUUUUUCUUCUUUUAAUAUUAAGUUUUUAAGCAACAUAGAACAUUCUGCUUUGUUCUCUGUGCAAUUACAAUUGUUUCUGGUAUAAUAUUAAAGGUCUGUGGAACAUUUUAUGAUGAAAUUUUCAAGAUUUUUUUGGUUUUCGUAUGCAAUUACCGGUAACCGAUGUUUGUCGUUAUAAAGCUAUUCAAAUAUGCAACAUAAUUUGUAUUGAUUUAAUGCUAAACAGUUCUGUGCAGCCAAAUAAUAUGCAAAUAACCGAUUUAUGCUAUAAACCGACAUGCAAUAAAGUGGAUUCGACUGUAUUUACAAAAUACAUUUUUAUAGAAUGAUGGAAAAGACUAUAGAUUUUUAUUUAUGUUCUGUUUUACACAGAAUUCCUUUAAUCUACUGUUUAUGCCUAAUUAAAGUACAUAUAGUUUUAAUUUUAACAGAAUAAUUAUGCCUUUUUAAACUUGUUUUUGUUUUCCUUUUUUAAUAUUAGGUUGUUGGACGAUUAAGAAACUAUAAGUGUCAUGGAAAAUCUAGAGUUAUUUUAUAAUUCACUUUUUACUAACCAAAGUAUGCUACUGUUGGAUUUGGAAGCUGCAGUGUUAUCAAUUGAAGAAAAGCAGUUAGCAAUGUUGAAAAGUGUUCUAUCAGAGUCAUCAGAGUUUUUGACAAGUUUUCUGGUGAACUACAAGCACAUUGGAUUCAGUUGUUUUUGUGUCCUGUUUUUGCUUGUUGUACUUACAAUUACUGUAAAAUGCUGCCAAAAUCGAAAAUCAUCUCUUCAAAAGGCACAGUCACAAGAAGCAGAUAUUAACAUCUUCGACCUAGUUAAAACUGCAUAUGAAACUGGUCACACAGAAGAAUCCAUCAGAUUGAUUGAGAAGUUAAACUAUGAUGUGAAUGAUCGCUUGCCAUCAUCUGGCCUCACACUGUUUUUGUGUGCCUGUUUGAGUGGUAAAAAGGAACUGAUUUACUACAUGCUGACAAAAGGAGCUAACUUGACGACGACUACUAGGGAUGGGGAUUCUGUUCUUUACUUGGCCACAUUUGGAGUUCUCAAUUCAAAACAUCCCGACAUGUCUGUAUUGGAAAUGCUCAUCUCAGCAGGCUGUGAAAUAAACCGAGCCAACAACAAGGGAUUUACUCCACUGCACCAAGCUGCCAGUAAAGGAAAUGUUGAGAUUAUUAAAUAUCUUCUUAGCAAAGGUGCAAAUCCAUACAACUGUAAUAAGGCUGGAACAUAUCCAAUAGACAGUGCCGUUAAUGCUGGACACUUGAAAGUUGCAGAACUGUUGAAGAUUGAUGUGGCUAACCCACAUGUGUGGGAAGUGGUUGAACCUCACACACCAACCAGGAUACAGCUGGGUCUGCAGUCCCCUCACUGCAGGCUUCUCAUGGAAUCAUCAAGACGACAAACAUUUAGGCAUAUACUAACUUAAAGAUUCAAGUGUUGAUGAGGCUGUUGAAAAAAAAAACCCCACAACUCAAACUAUAUGAGGGUUAAACCCGACACGAGUAUGUUUUAAAAUUUGUGGAUGGUUCGAGAUGAAAAGCUAAAGAGUCGGUGGUUAUACCAUACUUGUGUUAAUAAUUUUAUAAUUCCAACAUAGGUUAAUCUCUGAACUCCCAUUGUUUAGUUACUUCUAGAAUAACCACUGUUUAAUUAAUUCUAGAAUAACCAUUCACAUUUCUUGUCCACUGACAGAAGUUGCACACAAGGGGCGCUACUGGAUGGAUUUCCUGAAGACUUUAUGUGUGUUCCCCUUUGGAUAAGAAGAAUCAUUUUAAGUCGAGGUCAUCAUUGGUCCAUGUUUUUUGAUGACAUAAUAGAAAUAAUAAUUAGAAAUGGACUUUGACUGGCCAAACAAUAUCUUAACAUCAUAGCCAUGCUGUACUCCCCAGUUUUCAAGAUUUGGCUAUUCGAUACUGUGGGUUUUUUGUAAAAUAUUUGUUUUCACAAUCUGAUUUUUGAUUUGUUUUGGAGCAGUUGAUUUGCAGAAUUUGUUAUUUUUAUGAAAACAUGUUUUUUUGCUGGCAUUUCCAUGUUAAUGUUAUUUGGUUUAUCAUGUAAUUUGGUUUUCUUAAUUAAGAUGAUUAUUAAUAAGAACUUAACCAAUUUGGUAUUAAACAUCUGUGUUUCAGAAAAACAGCCUUCAUAAUUUUGACCCAUGGUCAAAAAAAAUAAAAAAAUAAAAAAUUAUUUGGUAUUAAACAUCUGUGUUUCAGAAAAACAGCCUUCAUAAUUUUGACCCAUGGUCAUUUUGACACUUGGCAUAGAGACACUGAGAAGGUAAACUCAUGGCCACCACACAGGCUACUCCUACCAAUUACUUUAAUUUCAGCAUUUUCACUUUCAUUGGAGUUAUUUGUUUAUACCACCAUAACAGCAUCCUUUGGUAUUGUUUUUGUCAGUAAUUUCAAUAUAAGCUUAGUAUAAAAAGAAAAUGCAUCCUAGAUACAUAUUAUAUCUUACAAAAGAGAUACCCAACUAGUAGGCCCCAUAUAAACAGAUUAACAAAGGAAUAAUCAAAUGAAGACAAUAAAAUUUUAUUCUGCCUUGUGCCUAAAAAAACAAUUCUGGGAACACGACUUAAAAAUAUUAGGUAGGGCCAGUCUAAAGUUUAAAAAAAACUACAAUUGUACUCUUUUUUUUUUUUUUAACUUAAAAUAAAAUGAAAAAAAUAAUUAGGGUAAGCCCUUUUUUCUUAGGUAGUCGGUCUGAAGAAACAUUUUUUUUUUUUAUGCCUUAAUGGGCACACCACAACUUCACUAUUCUAUGUCUAUAUUGCAUGUCUCGAACAAUUUUUUUCUUCAAAUGUGUAUUAGGGGCUGCAGCAGAGGUGAGAGCCGAUAGAGCCAUGGUCUCCUCUUUUUUCCUGUUACUGUGCUCAAAAGUCUGGAGAUGCCAUAGGCCCUAUGUUAACAUCUGAUAUUUAAACUUGUUCCAGGUGAGCAUGCCUCCGAACCCCCACCAACAGGUUCGGGCCCUCAAAUACAUAUACAUAUGUUCUCGUACUCUCUCUCUCACACACACCACAACCUUGUAAUUCACAGCACACUACUAGUACCCCUACCCCACCCCCACUUUCAAAAACACUCCGCUGGCCCUGUACAUGAUUUUAAAAGUUGUUUCUAAAACACUUUAUUUUAGUUUUGUGAACUUGAUUAAAAAUUAAUUAAUUAAUCAACAAACAUGGGGGGUAGGACAACCCACCAAAACUCUCCCCCUCACCAAAAAGUAGUGAACAAAACACACAAAUAAACAAAUGUCCACAUAGCAUACAUGAAAGAAAGAAAAUAUAAUAUUUCAACUAGAUUUUAUUCAAAUAAUAUAUAAAUAAUUAAAUUUUAAAAAAUCCACAAACCGAGAAUGGAUAGGUUUUUAGCAAUGACAUACAAACAUCUCGUUUUCCAGCGAUUCAGUGUUUUUUGUUGUAUUUUGUCAUAUAAUAGAUCGGUUAUGCAGUCCAGACAUUCUUUGUGCAAUGCCUCAUUGUCUGAAAAAAUAUGACCACUUUUUCUGUUCGUACAGAGGUGAACAAAGUAAUUUUAUACAACCAGUGGCUUCAAAUCACACUAUCGAACAGCUGUUUAAAGCAAGACUAUAGGGUGUAUAGUAACGACGCAACCUCUUUUCUGGGUGUUCGCCAUUACACACACUGCCUAACCCUCCCAAACUCUGGAUUUAUCCCAGUUUGCCUGUACCAAAAGUUCUACAUUUGCUUAUCCAUUUAUUUGGCAUGUAUUGUCAUCUGGUGGCCAUUUUGUUAAUUUCUCCAGGAUAACAUUAUAUUUCCUUUGGUAAUAUUUUCAGAUCAAAAUGAUGCCCCAAAAUCACAAUCAAACCCAUAUACAGUCGAACCUGGUCUAACGGUCACCUGUACAUAAUGGUCACCUGCCUAUAACGGCCACUAUAAAUCCCCCCAAUGCAUUACCUUCCAUAUUUGACCUGUACAUAACGGUCACCUGUCCAUAACGGCCAGCGGUCACUAUUUUUCACACAAAAUCACAGGUUGAACCUGCUAUAAUGGUCACAAGAUUAUCGUGGUAAAGACGUGUUUUUUUGGUUUUUUUACCCUGGUUAUGUCUUUACUUUUUCAAUCAUCUUAAAAAUUAUAAAUUAAAUGUGUUUAUACAGCCA